AUGGGACAGCAAAACUCGGGAUUCGUUGUGGAAAUCGCGAGCCCAAGGCUUGGCCGAUUCCAGGCGGUUCCCCAAAAGGAUCCGGAUGAAUCGACACCGGAAUGGAGGAUUACGGUGAAUCCGGCAGCCGAACUCGUCGGAUCACCUCGACUCAGAUCGCUUAUUGAUCGAUUAUAUCAUCAUCAAAAGCUUUUAACGGAUUAUGAUGCGAAACAAAUAUUAUCAGCGCUUCAAUGCAUGGAUCCGACAGCGGAGCUGCUCCUUCCACUGCUCACUGUUCUAUCAAAUGCCACCGCGUUUCCAUCGAAUAUUCUUCUAAUGCGAGAAUUCCGUUUGACGAGUCGAAUCUUGGACAUGCUUCCCGAAUCGAAACACUGGCCUCGUGCAACCCGUGUGAUUCUCCUUCAAUGCAUCGCGAAUAUGGCUGUUUCCACAGACAAUCAUGAUAUGAUGAAGGAUUCACUUCCGCAAAUCGUCCAGCGACUCUCGUCUUCUGAUGAAAUGGAGGUCGUCGUCGCGAUGCAGGCUCUCACGAAUUUGUCGUUCGACAUCAAGCCGGAGCAAGUUGCCAAGUUUGUUCCCGUCAUUCCGCAUUGCCUCAAUAGGCUUUGGAUUCGCGGUGAGGCCAACUUGAAUGCCCUGAGGCUGCUCGUGAAUUUGGCAUGUUGUCCGGAUAUGGUGCCGUACAUUCUGGGAAACAAGUCGGUCUCGGGACUUUUGCGCAUAUUAGACACCGAUCGUGAAGAGGUUCUUCUAAGAGCGAUCACAUGGAUAUCGUGCAUGACAUGUGCCGUGGAUGCUCUUCAUUUAACCUACGAUAGAAUUGCUCAACACAAUAUGGAUCCAUUCCACAAUCCAUCUCAUACGUUAUACUUUUCUUUAUAUGGUCCAAAGGCUCGAGAAGAGCUUGAGGCUCAAGCUCGUCACUUAGCAUCUCACACAAACAAGGAUAUCGCGAGUAAAGCGAAUAGAUUACUCGAGAAUCUCAAAAAUGUUCCACCAUUUCUUGCCGCCGGAAGCCAUUUAAAUCGCCUCUAA